UCCCCUUUUCCCAGGAGGCCCCGCCCCUUCGCGGGGCUGCCGGCCUUUGCCACAUCCUCCCUCAGUCCUCCGCAUCCAUCCCCCAAAGCAAAGCAGUGGGGCCUGGAGCCAGGGAUGGAGCCCCGAAGAAGCCCCGGCCUCUCUUAGUUGGCCAGGCCGCGCCUCCCGGAGCUCUCCUUUCUUCGCGUGAGGCGAUGAGCGAGCAGCCUCCGCCGCCGCCUCCUCCUGCUCUUCUGCCUUAAGACGCUCCCGAUGUGGAGCUCGGCGCUGCCGCUCCUCUCGCGGGCCGCCUCCGCCGCCAAGCACGCCUUCGCGCCCUGGAGCCGUUGGCUGGGAGGGAAGGAGGCCGAGGCGCCCCUUCCGUGCCACCCCCUCCACCUCGCUGAGGCGGGCUCCUCGGCGUCGUACCCUUUGGAGGGCAGGACGGGCCCGCGCUGCUGCUGCUGUUGCUGCUGCUGCUUCAAGGGCUGCCUGGGCGCCUGCUUCGUGGCGGCGCUGUGCUUCGGCUCGCUGGCCCUGGUGCGGCGCUACCUCCGCGGCCUGAUGCUGUGGGCCGAGGGGCUGGACAGCUUGGCCGGCGCGCUGCUCUUCACCGCCGGCUUCGUGGUGGUCUCCUUCCCCUGCGGCUGGGGCUACAUCCUGCUCAACGUGGCCGCCGGCUAUCUCUACGGCUUCGUGCUGGGCAUGGGCCUGAUGGCGCUGGGCGUGCUGGUGGGCACCUCGGUGGCGCACCUGGCCUGCAAGAAGCUCCUGGCCCGGUGGGUGCUGGCCCGCAUCCAGGGCAGCGAGCGGCUCAGCGCCGUCAUCCGCGUCGUGGAGGGCGGCAGCGGGCUCAAGGUGGUCGCCCUGGCCAGGCUCACCCCCAUCCCCUUCGGCCUCCAGAACGCCGUCUUCUCCAUCACGGAUCUCUCACUACCAAAUUACCUGAUGGCUUCUUCCAUUGGAUUACUUCCAACGCAGCUCUUAAACUCCUACUUGGGCACCACUUUGCGCACUAUGGAGGAUGUUAUUGAAGAACAAAGUGUUAGUGGGUACUUCAUAUUUAGUUUACAGAUUCUAAUAAGCAUAGGCCUCAUGUUCUAUGUUGUCCACCGGGCUCAAGUGGAACUGAAUGCAGCCAUAGUUGCGUGUGAAAUGGAGAUGAAGACAUCGCUUGUUAAAAGCAGUCAUCCAAGUAAUAGUAAUUCAACAUUUUGCAACAAAAGAACGUUUGCAUUUUCUGGAGGAGGAAUCAACAUUGUAUGACUUCCUCUUCUGAAGUAUUAUUUUAAGGUUUUACGAAUCUUGAAGCCUAACCUAUUGCCUGAACAUUUUUUUUUCUGGACAUCUCAGCAGGACUUAAAUCCCAAACAACUGGAGGAUAUGCUAUGGUACCAAUCAUGCUUGCAGUUUUUAAAUUGCAAAAUGGGUGACAUUUUGUAAGGAUCAGUAAGUGGCUAAGUAACUUCAAAUGCAGAUCCACGUCUGGCUGCACCUUUUGUCAUUAUUAUACUUGUCAUGGCCUGUAGUUUGCACUUUAGAUUUUCUUUUGUUUGCUUCUACAGCUGGAUAAAAAUACCCUUGAAGCAAAUAUUUUUCCUGCUUAGUAUUAUUUAUAAGGCUGUCUAAUAAUAUACAAUAGAUCUUUAAAAAGAAUGAGCAAGUGUAAAGUAUGAUCAUUCCCGUGCAGUAUUUUUAAAUGUGCUUAGCUUUCAGUAUGUUUCCAGAAAAGUAGUAUGUUCUCCCAUUAAUAUUGGGAAUAUCCAGCACAGAGAGUUUCCCACCUCUUAAGGCUGGGAAGGCAAAUUAAUAAGCACUUCCUGUGGAGGAAGGAUCUCUCCCUGUAUAAGCAGUCAGUUUCCUGUCUGUGACAGGUUACAAAGUUUCCUCCUGGCACUUGGAAAAGAGGACCUCUUUAAAAGGGGUGGGGGGAUUUUUGCUAUUUUGGGAACCAUUAGAAUUGUUUGCCCUUGUUUUUUAAUUUGGGGGUAGAAGCGGGAAGGACAAAACAGUAUAUAAAUUUUUGGUUGAAUGUAUUUUUGUAAACCACUGAAACAUUGUGGAGCCAUUCAUUAUAUUUCACAUACCUUUAAAUCCUACAUUGUGGGACUGAAGUGCUCUUAUAUAACCUUUUAAGUUACACUGUGUAAUAUGCAAAGCAAAAGGGAAACUACUGGGUACUUAAUAGAUUGUGGCAAAUAGUGAUCUAAAGGAGAACUUGCAAGUCAAAUGCAAGUCCCCAGCCUGGCAUUACCAUCUUGUGAGUAACAAAGGGCUCUUCCGUUUUCAAUCCUAGUUCUAGUUAGAUACAGAAAGAGUUUUGAAGGGUGUAGACCGGCUUCACUUUGUUCAGUACACUGUAAGAAUGACAGAAAAAGGAACUACAUUUCUGAAAAUAUGACGGUACUAAUAAGUUCAUGUGGCCUUUAUUUUAUAGGGAAGACCUCUUUGGUUUUUCUUUUGAUAAAAGCUUUAAAACCCAACGGAAUUCCUCCCUGACACACGUUCCUCUAAUAAUGCUCGUCAUGUAUAAGUUUUGCAUGGUACAUUAAGACUUGUACCAAUGAAAUGCUGUGAAGAUUGCAUGUGACCUUUUCUUCUUUGCAAGUUUGUUAAGCAUUUGCAAAAAUUAAGGGAAAGACAGGUUUUCCAUCUUUAAGAAAAAAACAAGCCAAGGGCAGAAAUAUUUUUAAGGCUCAGGAAUCUGUAAACAUUUAUUAAGAGAAUUCAUUUCAUAUUACAUAAUAGGACUCUGUGCAGAACAAUUACCAGGUUAUUUGUGGGUUUAAAUGGACUGGAAUAAGCCUAACUGUGCUUGUGUGUUUCAGCACCAUUCUUUACAGAUGCAUAUUUGUAUACCUGAGUUGUGCAUUCCCCCCAUAAAGGUUCAUAGCGGUUGGAACCAGCACCAGAACUGUAUUGAAUUUAAUAUUAUUUUGUCUGCAAUUUUACUUUGUUUUGAACAAUAAAGUAUACUUCUGGCUCUA